AUGAAGGAUUGGCACGGGGUAUUUACCCAAAAUGUGCUUGUCCCUCCCCACCCCCAGAGGGGGCGCCAGCUUCCGAAGGAAUCGACAGCAUUCCAGUGCGUCCUGAAGUGGCUUGAUGGGCCGCUUAUCAAGCAGGGUGUGCAGGAAGUGCUGUCUGAAGUCAACUGGCAUCUGCGGGUGUCCUUCUUUGACAUCACCUACCGACACUUCUUUGGGAAGACGUGGAAAACCACCGUGAGGCCAGCCAAGCAGCUUUCGAGGCACCCGCCUAGGAUCAUCUUCAAUGAGCCCUUGUAUUUCCAUACGUCCUUAAACCAUCCUAACAUCGUGGCAGUGGUAGAAGUGGUCACAGAAGGCCGGAAACGGGAUGGGACCCUUCAAAUGUUGUCCUGUGGGUUUGGAAUUCUUCGAAUCUUCAGCAACAAGCCAGAGUCUCCUACCUCUGCCUCCCAGGACAAACGGUUGAGGUUGUAUCACGGCACCCCCAGAGCCCUCUUGCACCCGCUGCUCCAGGACCCCAUAGAACAGAACAAGCACCUGACCCUCAUUGAGAACUGCAGCCUACAGUACACCUUGAGGCCACACCCGGCCCUGGAGCCCGUGCUCCACCUUCUCCCCGAGAACCUGCUGGUUUCUGGCUUGCAGGACAUCCCAGGCCUCCUGCCAGCUCACGGAGAAACGGGUGAUGCCCUUCGAAAGCCUCGCCUUCAGAAGCCUGUCACCUGGUACUUGGACGAUUUGUUCUUCAACCUGUACCCGUCCCUGGAGAGAUUUGAAGAAGAACUUCUGGAACUCCUCAGCAGUGAUCGCUUCCGGGAGGGGAACAGCCCUGGGGACAGUGGCACCCUGGAGAUCCGGGAGCGGCGCCUGUGUGUGGGCGUGCACAAUGGGCUGGCCUUUGUGCAGAGGCCACAGGUGGUCGUGCUGGUGCCUGAGAUGGAGGUGGCCCUGACACGCUCCGCCAGCUUCAGCAGAAAAGUCAACUCCUCCUCCAAGAGCAGCUCUGGAAACCAAGCUCUGGUUUUGAGAAGCCGCCUUCGACUCCCUGAGAUGGUCAGCCACCCAGCGUUCGCGAUCGUCUUUCAGCUGGAGUACGUGUUCAAUGCCCCCGCAGGACUGGACGGCAGUGCAGCGUCUGCCACCUCACUAUCCAACUUGGCGUGCAUGUACAUGGUUCGCUGGGCCAUCUGGAGCCCUGGGCUGGACACCGGCUCUGGGCGGGUGACCUUACCUCUGCAGGGCGGGACCCAGCCUGGCCCCUCUCACUGUCUGGUCUACAAGGUGCCCUCAGCCAGCAUGAGCUCCGAAGAGGUGAAGCAGGUAGAGUCGGGGACAGUGCAAUUCCAGUACUCGCUCAGCCCGGAAGAACAUUUGGACACGUCUCUGGAGCGGGCCAGCAGCACCAAGGCAGAGCGGCGGCAGUCCUCCAAGAAGCCACCCACGUCGCCUUCAAGCCCUCCAGCACCACCACCCUCGAGACUUGCUGCCACCCAGGAUUCGCCCGUGGGACCAGGGUUGUCCAUUUCCCAGCUGGCAGCGUCCCCACAGUCCCUGGCCCAGCACCGGUCAUCCAGGCCCUCUCCCGUCCUAGCCCAGGAGCUCCCCUUUGAGGGCAGGAUCUCUCACCUGGAAGCUGAUCUGAGCCAGACUUCUGUGGUCUUGGACACCUGUGUUGCCGAACAGUUGCAGGAGCUGCCUUUCACGCCCUUGCAUGCCCCGAUCGUUGUUGGGGCCCAGGCCAGAAGCUCCGGAAGCGCGCUCUCCCGGGCCUCGAUGGUGCUCCUGCAGUCCUCCGGCUUUCCAGAGAUUCUGGAUGCCAAUAAGCAACCAGCUGAGGCCGUGAAUCCCACAGAGCCCGUGAAGUUCAGCCCUCAGAAGGAAGAAUCAGACUGUCUGCAGAGCAACGAAAUAGUGCUACAGUUUCUUGCCUUUAGCAGAGUAUCUCAGGACCACAGGGGAACGCCGUGGCCAAAGACUGUGUAUUUCACCUUCCAGUUCUACCGCUUCCCACCCACGACCACCCCCCGGCUGCAGCUGGUCAAGCUGGACGAGGCCAGGAAGACCAGCUCGGGCUCCUUGUCUCACAUCCUCGUUUCAGUUAACAAAGAUGGAUCCUUUGAUGCUGGGUCUCCUGGCCUCCAGCUUAAGUACAUGGUGGACCCUGGGUUCCUGAAACCCGGAGAGCAGCGCUGGUUCCUCCAGUACCUGGCCAUGCAGACCCUGCAGAUCGACGUCUGGGAUGGGGACGCCCUGCUCCUUGUUGGCUCGGCUGCUGUCCAGAUGAAGCAUCUCCUCCGCCAAGGGCGGCCGGCUGUCCAGGUCUCGCAUGAGCUCGAGGUGGUGGCGACGGAAUACGAACAGGACGUGGUGGUGGUCAGUGGAGAUGUGACCCGGUUUGGCAGCGUCAAGCCCAUUGGUGUCCACACUGUGGUGAAGGGCCGGCUGCACCUGACCUUGGCGAACGUGGGUCAUGUGUGUGAGCAGAGGGUGAGACAUUCCAACUCGUUGCCACCAUCCAGAUCGAGGGUCAUCUCCAACGACGGGACCAGCAGCUUCCCAGGAGGCAGCCUCCUCAUGAAGGGAUCCCUGAGAUGAAAACGUGUGGUCCAGGCCCAGAAACUGGCUAACGUGGACAGUGAGCUGGCUGCCAUGCUGUUCACCCACAUGCAGAUGGGGAGCCGGAACCCCCAGAGUGCUGGCCGCGAGGCAGAUGCUGUCCGCAGGCGCAAGCUGGAGAGAAUGCAGUCGGUGCGCCUGCGGGAGGCCAGAGGAGAGCUUGGCGGCCAGAGGAGCAGUGUGCUGGCUCAGCAGAGUGUCCGAGCACAGCACUUGCGGGACCUGCAGGUCAUUGAGGCCUACCGCGAGCGCACGAAGGCCGAGGGCAUCGCCAGCCUGCUGAGCCUGGCCAUCACCACCCAGCACACACUAUACACCUCCCUGGGCACCGCCGAGUUUUUCGAGUUUGCCCUUAAGAACCCUCACAACACGCAGCACACGGUGACCGUGGAGAUUGACAACCCUGAACUCAGCGUCAUCCUGGACAGCAGGGAAUGGCGGCACUUCAAAGAUGCGGCUGGCCUGCUCACGCCAGUGGAGGAGGACAUGUUCCACCUGCGUGGUGGCGGCCUGGCCCCCCAGCUGUACCUGCGCCCCAAGGAGACCGCCCACAUCCCCUUCAAGUACCAGACUUUCUCUCUUGGUCAGCCGGCUGCAACACAGGCCUCUGCUGAACUGAGGCCCGAGCAGGGCGUGGACACCGAACCUCCCUGGAAGUCUAGUGCAGCGCCCACGAAACAUGCUAAGGUCACCUUCCGGGCCAGCAGCGGCAAGCCCCUGGCCGUGCUCUGCUUGGCCGUGGAGCCCCAGCCCCAUGUGGUGGACCAGAUCUUCCGCUUCUACCACCCGGAGCUCACCUUCCUGAAGAAGUCCAUCCGCCUGCCCCCAUGGCACAUGCUUCCAGGCGCCCCUGUGGGACCCCCCGGCGAGGACCCCCCAAUCCAUGUUCGAUGUAGUGACCCCAAUGUCAUCUGUGAGACCCAGAAUGUGGGCCCCGGGGAGCCCCGAGAUGUGUUCCUGAAGGUGGCCAGUGGUCCAAGCCCAGAGAUAAAGGACUUCUUUGUCACCAUCUACGUGGAUCGCUGGCUGGCAGCACCUGUCCAGAUCUGGCAGGUCCACCUUCACUCCCUGCAGCGUGUGGACGUCUCCUGCGUCACAGGCCAGCUGACCCGCCUGUCCCUGGUCCUUCGGGGGACACAGACAGUUAGGAAAGUGAGAGCCUUCACCUCACACCCCCAGGAGCUGAAGAUGGACCCACAAGGUGUCUUUGUGCUGCCCCCUCAUGGCGUGCUGGACCUGCAUGUGGGUGUGCGGCCCCGCCGGGCCGGCAGCAGGUUCGUCCACCUCAACCUCGUCGAUGUGGACUUCCACCAGCUGGUGGCCUCCUGGCUCAUCUGCCUCUCGUGCCGCCAGCCUCUCAUUUCCAAGGCCUUUGAGAUCACGAUGGCUGUGGGUGAAGGGAAGGGAGCCAACAAGCGGAUCACCUACACCAACCCCUACCCAUCCCGGAGGGUGUACCACCUGCACAGCAACCACCCCGACCUGCUGCAGUUCAAGGAGGACUCCUUUGAGGUCGGAGGAGGCGAGACCUACACAAUCAGCCUCCGGUUUGCCCCAAGUCAGAGUCCUGGGGAGGAGGAGAUUCUGAUCUACAUCAACGACCAUGAAGACAAAAAUGAAGAGACGUUUUGCGUGAAGGUCAUCUACCAGUAA